AUGGUUAAAACCAAAGGUAGAUCUCAAGUUCAACAAUAUCUUAACCCUACUGCUACUUCAUUAACUCCUGAAGCAAUCGAAAAAAUAAGGGAUGCUCAUGCAAAACAAAUACCAAAUAGAAAAUGCAUUAUAUGUGCUAAUUAUAAAAUUAGUAGUGAAAGAUAUGAUGAUAUUCUUAUCAAGUAUCAGAAAUCAGAGCAAGUAAUUUCUUUAAGCAAACCAGUGACAAAAAAGACUAGCAGAAAAAAGAAAGUCUCACAGAAUGAGGAACUUCCUAGUUCUAAUAUUAAUAAGACAAACUCUAAUGUAGAAUUAUCUAAAGAUGAAGAUCGAUCAAAAUCAAAAACUAUAAAUUAUUUUAUCUCAUCAAUACCAGGGAGUGAUGUGCAAGCUAGAAUGGAAAAUUUAUGA